CCUUACGUAUCAUCAUGUAGUGAUGCUAGUAGAAUGUAGCAGGGACGUGGAUGUAUUAUCGGAAGAAGAUGAAUUGGAUCUAGAGAGGCAACUCAGUAUUCUGAAUAAGCCUCCUGUCCAAACAAUCCAUGCUCCAUGGGGUACCUACGAUUGCAUAGAAUUCCACAAACAACCUGCAUUUGAUCAUCCUUUACUAAAAAAUUAUACAAUGAAGAUGAGACAAGAAGUUGUUUCCACAAGGUCACCGUUGUUGGAAUCAUUAAUGAAUCAAGUUGGUGAGUGUCCAAAAGGGACCGUUCCUAUUCGACGGACAACUAGGGGAGAUCUUAUCAGAGCCAAGUCUUUAUCAUCCAAUGCCACUCCAGAUAAGCAAUAUAGAGCUGGUAUUUCAUAUAGAGCAAAAGAAAUAGAUGAAACAAUAUACGGAGCAAGUGGAUUGUUUAAUAUUUGGAAUCCUAAAGUAGAAGGAGAUCAGUCCAGUUCAACAGAAAUUGCAGUUCAAUCUGGUUCACCGGAGGAGCUCAAUGUCAUCAAAUAUGGAUGGACUGUAAAUCCACAAUUGUAUGGUGAUAACACCACUCGAAGUUUUGGAUACUGGACGGGUGAUGGUGGCAAGAACACAGGUUGUUAUAAUACACUUUGUCCUGGCUUUGUUCAACUCCAUGAUAAAUAUACUCUUGACUUGCCUACUCACGACACGUCAGUACUAUGUGGCAUACAAAAGGUAUUGAAGGCAUCUAUUUACGGAGAUAUAAAGGAUCCAAAAUUAGGGAGAUGGUAUUUGACAAUCCUUGACAACAUACAAAUUGGAUACUGGCCAAGUGAACUUUUUCCGGCCUUUGCACCAGGCGCUGGCUAUAUUUAUUGGGGUGGUCAUGUGAAGGCCGGAAAAGAUGGAGUUAGUCCAGCAAUGGGAAGUGGUGAACGGAUAAGUGGACAACCGGCUUGUAGUGGGUUUAUGCAAGAUCUUAACUACUUAGACACGAAUAAUCAACCUCUACAACCAGAAGAAACUGAAUAUACGGUCGAGUGUCAUAAGCAGUAUAAUGCCAAAUAUUAUCGAGACGACAACAUCCUUCAUUUUGGAGGAUAUGGUGGUAACAAUUGCACAUCCAGUUGAAUAAUAUUAAUUACUAUCCCAAUAAAAAUUGCUAAUAUGUAGUUUUGAG